AACUCAAGAGUUGUUAAGCUGUUAUAUGCAUCUCUAUUGGUGUGUACAUGCAGUAAAAUGGUAGAAACAAAUAUUUCUUGUUCUCAGUUUCAGUUCAGCUGUCCAGUGUGUCUGGAUCUACUGAAGGAUCCAGUGACUAUUCUCUGUGGACACAGUUACUGUAUGAGCUGUAUUACAGACUGCUGGAAUCAGGAUGAUCAGAAGGGAGUCUACCAAUGCCCUCAGUGCAGACAGACCUUCACUACAAGACCUGCUUUAAAUAAAAACACCAUGCUGGCUGAAGUGGUGGAGAAACUGAAGAAGACUAAACUUCAAGCUGAUGUUCCUGAUGAUGCUGGAGUUGGAGAUGUGGAGUGUGACGUCUGUAAUGGAAGAAAAUGCAAAGCUGUCAAGUCCUGUGUGGUGUGUCUGAACUCUUACUGUCAAAAUCACCUUGAUCAACAUGAGAAUCUCUUUAAAGGUAAGAGACACUUUUUGAUGGAUGCCACUGGACGACUCCAGGAGAUGAUCUGCUCUCAACAUGAUCGACUGCUGGAGGUUUUCUGUCGCUCUGACCAAAAGUGUAUUUGUCUGCUGUGUACGAUGGAUGAACAUAAAAACCACGACACUGUAUCAGCUGCAGCAGAGAGGACAGACAAAAAGAAACACUUGAAAGAGACCCAGAGAAAAUACAAGCAGAGAAUCCAGGAGAGAGAGAAAGAUCUUCAGCGGCUGAGAGAGUCUGUGGCAUCUCAUCAGCGCUCUGCACAGACAGCAGUGGAGUACAGUGAGAGGAUCUUUACUGAGCUGAUGCACUCCAUAGAGAGAAGCCGCUCUGAGAUGACACAGCUGAUCAGAGAUCAGGAAAAAGCUGCAGUGAGUCGAGCUGAAGGACUCAUGGAGCGAAUGGAGCAGGAGAUCGCUGAUCUGAGGAGGAGAGACGCUGAGCUGGAGCAGGUUUCACACACAGAUGAUCACAUCCAUUUCCUGCAGUGUUUCCAGUCUCUCUCUGCACCUCCAGAAUCUACAGGCAGAAUUACUGUCAGUUCCACUCUCUCUGUUGAAGAUAUAAAACAAUCUGUCUGUCAGCUGAGAGACAAACUGGAGUAUUUCUGCAAAAAGGAGAUUAAAAAGAUUUCUGUAACACACAUCAGUAUUGUUCCGAGGGUCAGGGAGGAGUUCCUACAAUAUUUCCAUCAGUUCACUCUGGAUCCAAACACAGUGAAUAAACACCUCUGUCUGUCUGAUAGGAACAGAGUGGCUUCUUACACUGACACAGUCCAGCAGUAUCCUGAUCAUCCAGACAGAUUUGAUUGGUUUCAAGUGUUGUGUAGAGACAAUGUGUGUGGACGCUGUUACUGGGAGCUUGAGUGGAGUGGGCUUGUAGGUGUGUUUAUAUCAGUGUCAUAUAAGAGCAUCAGCAGGAAGGGAAGGAUAAAUGAGUGUGGAUUUGGAUAUAAUGAUCAGUCCUGGAGUUUGUUCUGUUCUUCCUCCAGUUACUCAUUCAGGCACAAUAACAAACACACUGAACUCCCUGUACCCUCCAGCCCAUGCAAAAUAGGAGUAUAUGUGGAUUACAAUGCAGGAACUUUGUGCUUCUACAGCGUUUCUGACAUAAUGACUCUCAUUCACAGAGUCCGGACCACCUUCACUCAACCUCUAUAUCCUGGGUUUAGUGUUUAUAAAGGAUCUGUGAAACUCUGUGAUGUAACGAUAUAGAUUAUAUAGAGAUCAUAUCAGUAAUAUUGUCAUACAGCUUUAAUCAGUAACAGUGAGAUGUUGUGGAGUCUCCAACCCCCCCCCCCACCAUUAAAUUAGGAAACUAAAUAAUCCAUUAUUGUACAUAUAAAAAUAGAAUAAAUGAUUAAUUAAAAAAUACAGCUGCAACUCCUGUCACUGCUAUAACAUGAUAUCAGAUAAUGACUGAGUAAAAACCUGUUAAUCCGAAUAGUCAAAUAAUGCGUGUGCUGUAAAAGUGGGUUAGGAAUAAAUUGAGAAAAUUCCAUAUACUAACAGUACCAACACGAAUCACAUUAAUACACUGUAUGUGGGACUGAGUGUGUGUGUGUGUGUGUGUGUGUCAAACAGUGUAACAUAGUAGGCGCUUAAAGGGAUAGUUCACCCAAAAAUGAAAUUUCUCUCAUCAUUUACUCACCCUCAUGCCAUUCCAGGUGUGUAUGACUUUCUUUCUUCUGCUGAACAAAAAUGAAGAUUUUUAGAAUAAUAUUUCAGCGCUUUAGGUCCAUACAAUGCAAAUAAAUGGUGACCAGACCUUUGAAGCUCCACAUUAAAGUAAUCCAUAAGACUCCAGUGGCUAAAUCAGUAUCUUCACACUGCAAAAAAUGAUUUUCAAGACAAUAAUUUUUGUCUUGUUUUCCUGUAAAAUUAUCCAAAUAUUCUAAAACGUGAUUUAUUUACAUGUCAAGCAAAAUGGUAUAAGAAAUUAAGUCUUGUUUUAAGAUAAAUCUGACAAAAUUUGGUAAAUUUAGACUUAAAACAUGAAAAAAAAGGGAAAAAAAAGAAAGAAAUCUGCCAAUCGGGUAAGCAAAAUAAACUUGUUUUCCCUUUGAAUUAAGUUUAAUUUUCUUACCCCAUUGGCAAACAGUUUUUUCUUGUUUAAAGUAAAAAAAUCUAACUAAAUUUGAUUAGAUUUCUUUCAAAACAAGACUUAAAAUCUUAUGCCAGAUUGCUUGUUAAGUAAAUAAAACAUGAUUUAAAAAGGUUAAGAUAUUUUUACUGGAAAAUAAGACAAAAAACAAAAAAGAUUUUUUGCAAUGCAGAAGCAAUAUGAUAAGUGUGGGUGAGAAACAGAUCAAUAUUAAAGUUUUUUAUCAUAAAUGUCCAUUUUCACUUUCUCAUUCUUUCACUCUAAAAAAACAUGGUUCUUUAAAGGUUCUUUUAUGACAUUAGGCUCUUUCCCACUGGCAGUACUAAAGCCCGUUUUAGUUACUUUUCCCCCGGACUAGUACUUUUCGUCGCUUUCGCACCUGAGGAGCUAUAGUUCCUCAAUGCCAUUUUUGUGGACAUUUCUAGCUCCUACUCUGGAGUAGGUACUUUUGGGGAGUAUAGGGACUGUGGCAGACUGUGGGAGGUGCUGCAGCUUGUGGUUGGUCGAAUACUUCUGACACACAAAUAGCUUUGAGAAUCUUAAGGAGUCCGCAGCCACCAUUUGUAAACUAACUUUUAGCUGCUAGCCUGCUACACAGAGGAUUGCACUAAUUUUAAUUCCCUUAACUGAAAUAACAUAUAACAAACAAAGUAUCCAAAGAGAAUCACCCGUUUUACAUGUAUGUGUUUGUAUAACUUCAUCAGGAGACAUGUUUUAAGUUUUCAUUGCAUCUGUGCGGUUUGUACUGUGUGACUAUACAGAAAAUAAAGUGAUUUCUGGAUUACUACAUCGAUUUUUUUCCUGGGAUAACAGAUAUAAAUAAUCAGAUGUUUAUCGAGAGUAAUUGAACUCUAUUAUACACUAAACCGUCAUGAAAUCUAGUUUACAUUAGGGAAGUAUCGUGUGCCUGUAACUGUGUGAUAACUUGCAUCAAGACUAUUUUUUUAAGUCAAUUGAUGAGUAUUUCGAGUCAUAAAACCCUUUAUUGUAAAAGAUUGUGUUGAUAAAUAGGGUUAAAGUGCAUUUUCUUUUGGUUUUUGAAUAUGUAACUGUCAAUAAACUCUAUCAA